AUGGCGUCUCCGGAUGGAGUGGCGGACGAGAAGUCAGCGCCGGCAAAGGGCGAGGAAGAUUUCGAAACGCUGAAAUAUCAGUUGCUGGGACCCUCUUUACUGAAAGCGGGCCAGGAUGCGGUUGAUCAGCAAAAGGUAUCGGAAAUUAUCUACAAUGCCUCCAAAGGCUCUAAAUUCUUUGACCACGAACAAGAACGGGACCGCAACCUCACGGUCAAGAUUGAGCGCAUCCUGAAAGAAAAGGCCCGACUGGAGAAGUUAGACUUAAGCCAUGAUCUACGGCGCGCUGACGAGUAUCUUGCCGAGCUCGAGCUGAGCCGCGAUCUAUCACAAUAUAUUGUCCAUGUUGACUGCGAUGCAUUCUUUGCGGCCGUCGAAGAACUCGAUCGCCCAGAGCUCAAGACCGUUCCCAUGGCUGUCGGGGGAGGUGUGCUCUCAACUUGCAACUACCUGGCGAGAAAAUUUGGAGUCCGCAGCGGCAUGGCCGGCUUUGUUGCGAAGAAGCUUUGCCCGGAGCUGGUUCUUCUUCCGCAGAACUACGAGAAGUACACGGCUAAGGCCAAAGAAACACGAGCGAUCAUGGCACAGUACGACCCUCUGUUCGAGAGCGCAAGCAUCGAUGAGGCUUAUCUGAACAUUACCGCAUUUUGUGCCGAAAACCAGCUCGACCCUGAAGAGGCCGUGCAACGCAUGCGCGCAGAGAUCCUGGAAAACACAAAAGUGUCUGUUUCAGCGGGGAUUGCUGCCAACGCAAAAAUAGCAAAGAUUGCAUCCAAUAAGAACAAGCCGAACGGCCAGUUCCGGGUGCCAAAUGACCGGACCGCGAUUAUGGAGUUCAUGCGAGACCUACCAGUUCGCAAGGUCAACGGAGUUGGUCGAGUUUUCGAGCGAGAGUUGGACUCGAUUGGUAUCAAAACCUGCGGGGAUAUCUACCCACAACGUGCCUUGCUGGCCAGAUUGUUUGGAGAGAAGGCUUUCCAGUUUCUAGCACAAUGCUACCUCGGUUUGGGACGCACGAAAAUCGAACCGGUCGAGAACCACGAAAGAAAAAGUGUAAGCACGGAAACCACAUUCCAUGAGAUCGGAGACAAAGAGGAACUCCGAAAGAAGCUACGUUGGGCAGCGGAGGAGUUGGAACAGGAUCUCGCACGAACGCAGUUUAAGGGUCGCACCGUCUGUCUGAAAGUGAAACUUCAUACGUUUGAGGUUCUGACACGCCAAACGGCUCCCCCGCGGGCCGUAUCACAGGCGAAAGACCUUUACGCAUUCGCACUGCCUAUGCUGAUCAAAUUGGAAAAGGAAAUUCCCGGGAUGAAGUUACGACUUCUGGGACUGCGAGUGUCGAACCUGGUCAGCACCAAGAAAGUCGGCGUCAACUUCUUUGGGGUAGCAGCACCGCCAAAGCCCACCCCUGUACAACCUUCAGAUCAAAGUGAGGCAUUAGAUGUAAACACCGAACAUGAUAUCGGUGCCGAGGAAGCUUUUGAGAAUGCUGCUCGCCAAGAAGUACAAGAUGAGAUGAACGACCUGGAGCAGCUAAGCCAAGAAGCAGCCGGCCUCUCUGUGACUCCUGCUCCCGGAAGCACCGCUGCAGACGUGACCGAGCAUCAACCUGUCCAGUGGGAGUGUCCCAUUUGUGGCCGACCGCAAGCUCCGGAUGACCGAGCCUUCAACGACCACGUGGACUUUUGUCUGUCCAAGCAGACCAUUCGUGAAGUGGUUCAAGACAGUUCGCAGGAAAUGUCCGCGAUACUCCCCAGCCGGAAACGCAAAACAUCGGCCCAGCAGUCACACACCGACGUUGAUCCACGGCAAAAACGGCUGUUCUUCAGUUGA